CUUUGCCUCCCGACCCGGGGCUGCAGGGACCAGAGCGGUCGCGCCUCCCGCGGGCCACGGCUGCCCAGAGCAGACAGUGUCCUUCAGCAAGUUGGAAGCUGUUCCCCGUCACUGUCACUGGAGUGUUUCUGACAUUCAGGCGUCACCUGAGGGAGGAACCGCUGCAGGAGAAGCAGACACGGAGAAACGGCCUGCUUGAGAUAUAAAUCUUGGUCGACAGUGUGGCUGCAGGCCACUGGACUGGAAUUCUCCGUGGCUUUCUAAGUGGCGGGUGUCUGGGGUGUGCUGUCCUGGCCUGCGGCGUGCAUCAUGCCAGCCUUGUCGACAGGAUCCGGGAGCGACGCAGGUCUGUAUGAGCUGUUGGCUGCUCUGCCAGCCCAGCUGCAGCCACAUGUGGAUAGCCAGGAAGACCUGACCUUCCUCUGGGAUAUGUUUGGUGAAAAAAGCCUGCAUUCACUGGUAAAGAUUCACGAAAAACUCCACUACUACGAGAAGCAGAACCCCGUGCCCAUCCUCCACGGCGCAGCGGUCUUGGCCGAUGACCUGGCCGAAGAGCUUCAGAACAAGCCAUUAAACAGUGAGAUCAGAGAGCUGUUGAAACUACUGUCAAAACCCAAUGUGAAGGCUUUGCUCUCUGUACAUGAUACUGUGGCUCAGAAGAAUUACGAUCCUGUAUUACCACCAAUGCCGGAUGAUAUCGAUGAUGAAGAAGACUCAGUAAAAAUCAUUCGUCUGGUCAAAAAUAGAGAACCCCUGGGAGCUACCAUUAAGAAAGACGAGCAGACUGGAGCCAUCAUUGUGGCUAGAAUCAUGAGAGGAGGCGCUGCGGAUAGAAGUGGUCUUAUACAUGUUGGUGAUGAACUUAGGGAAGUGAAUGGGAUUCCAGUCGAGGAUAAAAGGCCUGAGGAAAUAAUUCAGAUUUUGGCUCAGUCUCAGGGAGCAAUUACCUUUAAGAUUAUACCCAGCAUCAAAGAGGAGACUCCAUCUAAAGAAGGCAAGAUGUUUAUCAAAGCCCUCUUUGACUAUGACCCUAAUGAGGAUAAAGCAAUUCCAUGUAAGGAAGCUGGGCUUUCUUUCAAAAAGGGAGAUAUUCUUCAGAUUAUGAGCCAGGAUGAUGCAACGUGGUGGCAGGCAAAGCACGCGGAUGAUGCCAAUCCCAGGGCAGGCUUGAUUCCCUCAAAGCAUUUCCAGGAAAGGAGAUUGGCUCUGAGACGACCAGAAAUACUAGUUCAGCCCUUGAAAGUUUCCAACAGGAAAUCAUAUGAGGAAACAGUUGAGUGUGAGGAAAUUAAAGAAGAUGCUGAAUAUGCUGGUAACCACAGUGGAACGUAUAUAGCUGGUUUUAGGAGAAGUUUUCGUCUUAGUAGGAAAGAUAAGAAAACAAAUAAGUCCAUGUAUGAAUGCAAGAAGAGUGACCAGUACGACACCGCUGAUGUGCCCACAUAUGAGGAAGUGACGCCGUAUCGGCGGCAAACGAACGAAAAAUACCGGCUUGUAGUCCUGGUUGGUCCCGUGGGAGUAGGUCUGAAUGAACUGAAACGAAAGCUACUCAUCAGCGACACCCAGCACUACGGAGUGACCGUGCCCCACACAACCAGAGCAAGAAGAAGCCAGGAGAGCGAUGGUGUGGAAUAUAUUUUCAUUUCCAAGCAUUUGUUUGAGACAGAUGUACAAAAUAACAAGUUUAUUGAAUACGGUGAAUAUAAAAACAACUACUACGGCACAAGUAUAGACUCCGUGCGGUCUGUCCUCGCUAAAAACAAAGUUUGUUUGUUGGAUGUUCAGCCUCACACAGUGAAGCAUUUAAGGACCCUAGAAUUUAAGCCCUACGUGAUAUUUAUAAAGCCUCCAUCAAUAGAGCGCUUGAGGGAGACAAGAAAAAAUGCAAAGAUUAUUUCAAGCAGAGAUGACCAAGGGGCUGCAAAGCCUUUCACAGAAGAAGACUUUCAGGAAAUGAUUAAAUCUGCACAGAUAAUGGAAAAUCAGUAUGGUCAUCUUUUUGACAAAAUCAUAGUAAAUGAUGACCUCACCGUGGCAUUCAAUGAGCUGAAAACAACUUUUGACAAAUUAGAGACAGAGGCCCACUGGGUUCCAGUGAGCUGGUUACAUUCGUAACUAAGGGAAACUCCCACGGUCAGCGUUUCGUAGAGUGCAUGAUGAAAUCAGUUACUGUCCCGGUGGCAGGGUUUGUUAGUCUAUGUCACUGCUGUAGACGUGCAGUCUUGCUUUAAAACUGAAUGUUGGUUUUGUUUGUAUCUUUCUCCAGCCUUACUUCAAGCACAGUAUUUGAGUAGAAGAUCCAGAAUCAAAAUUUGCAUAGUACCAUCUUAGAGCUUUUGAACCUUUUGGUUGUCUUUAACAUAUAGCUGUAUCUCCAAGAGGAGGUUGGACUUUUCUGGGAGAAACAGCCAGGGAAUUGAUACUGGAGUUGUGCUUCGUUGGGUCUCAGAUGUGGUCCCUCCAUCAAGUCUGGACGCUCACAGCUGAAGGUAUGACCUUCACAGCCGUGAGCAGCUCCAGGCAAACAGGACAGCUUUGCCGUUCUUCGGAUGGGUCACUGGGCUCACCUGGGCUGACAGUAAGGCAUCCUCUUACUAUUCUAAAAGCGCAACCUUUUUCUUACAUAUCUAAAUAUAGUCAGUGUAUUUAAGGAAUUAUGACACAUUUGCCUUAGUGAGUGGCCUGCAUGUCCUAGCUUGAGAAGGCCUCUUAGGACUACAGAUCAGUGUCUCAAAUAUUUAAUGAGGGAAGGUAAGACUUCUUAAAAUGAUUAUAUUUGUCACUAAAAGCCCUUCCUUAAUGGAAUUAGUCUUUGUAAGUAAGGUUGGUGUUCUCUUGGGGCAAGUCAUGAUUACAAAGGACAUUUUUAUUUGUAAAUCAUCAGACAGGAUUUCUGCAGUCACCAUCCAAUAAAUCAUAAGAAUGUGAUUCCUAUUCCAAAAGUAGGUGUUUUUACAUGUUACCAAUACAGUUAAAAUGUGAUCAAUUUUCACAUGUGCAACUUGUGAUAUAUUUUAAAUUGCACGAAGAUGUAUUUUAGAAAACUUUUUGUGUAAUGUUAACUUACCUCUUCAUCAUCAAAAUAAUUCUUAACACUGGUCAUCUUAAUCUUACCAUUUUUAAAGAAUUAUAAGAAAGACUCUGUAUUAUAAAUAUUAAGAUGGGUUCUCAUUUUUGCCUGUUGCUCCUGAACUUCAGCAAAUAAAUCGCAUAGCUCAAGAUACUAGAGAGGGCCGUAAGUUGUAUAAGAGAACAUGUCUGCCAUUCUUGUAUGCACUAAGACCCUGCCUCAAAAAUCACUGCAUCUGUGACUUUCAAACCGAAAAUAUUUUUUGUUGAUUUGUAAAGAGAGUUUAGAGGUCAUGUUUAAAGAAAAAAUAGAAUGUAGUGAAAUUUUAUAUAUUUAUGAAAUCUCUCAAAGGCAUAUUUUUUUAAUUCUCAAAUGGAGCUAUUCAUAAAUUGUAUGUAAAGAUAUCAUAAUUUAAAAUAGUUUUAUAAGUCAGGGUCAACAUUCCAUGUAAAUAUUUGACCUUUGUUCAUACACAGAUCGACCCACAAGUGUUAUAUGCGCACCACGCAUUUGGUAGCGCUGUCUGCUUGGUUUCCUUCAGACAUGUCAAAGUUCACGUUAGAAACAGAGACAAAAACUACUGCAAUGGCCUUGAUACACACGCACACUAAACAGUCAGAUUAAGUGUUACCUAACAUGAUCCAAACAGUGAGUUCUAAGUUUAUAAACCCAAUAGCAAGCCAUUUAGUUUUUUAAAAGAGUGGGGAAGAGGGCUGCCGUACUUAGUUAUAGGGCUGCUCUAAGAAAAUACAAGUCUUACACAGAGUUUGGGUAGAGUAGACUCCUCUUUGAACGCUGGCUAAAAAUCUCCUGUAAAUCAAAAUCUCCAAAAAGAGUAAUGGGAAACGUGUAAUUAGUUAUCUAGGCAAUUGUCUGAAUAAUUUCGGCAUCCAAAUUCUUUACUGGUAGGGUAGAGGGUAGCGGACAGGGUGGAAACAGAGUCCUUGUGGCUGUUGGUAGCGAUGGGGUGUUACUAUGAAAUGUAGUGUCCAGACCGCUCUCCCUUUUCACACUAGAACCGAACAAGGGUUUUUUUGUUUGUGUUUAAUGAAAAGAUGCCCCUUAGCAAUUUGGGAAAUACUAGGUACAUACAUGGCUUUGCAAGUGAUGCUUACACGGCCAUUUCGAUGUCUAGAAACUGAGUAAGGCAGCGCCAGGGGCUCGCUGAUAACUACUGCAGAAGGCCCGAGACUUGCGUCUGCAGCCAGACCCCCUCCUCCUUCAGCAAGGAGAUGCACACGGUGCCCCUCACUGUACUAGCUCGGCCGGCUCCCAAGACUGUGUCAGCCACUAUUUGAGAGAAGAGGAAUGUUUAUGUUUUUAAGUCCACAUAUUUAAAAUCCAAGAUCAGAAAAUUCUGUAUUCCCAUGAUCACCACACUGGAGUCCAUUAAAAAGAAUAAGGUGAAAUUGAAAUAUUUUUUCCCGUUGUUUUACUUACUCAUACAGACGUUCUCAAUAGCUGUAAGGCUGACAUUCCUGGUAUUAUAUAAUGAUUGAAUGUAUCUGAAUCGUAAUAAUUUAAAAUGGACAAACCUGUAAUCUUUACAGAUUUACAAAAACUGUUAGUAAAAACUUCUUGAAGAUCUAGAUUUCUAUUAUUUAUUUCCUUUUUGACUGCUAAGGAUUUCUAAAUAAAUGUAAUGGAAAACCUUUGAUCUUAAUAAAGUACCUUCAGAGGA